UUGUGUUCUUGCCGAUUUGAGCAUCGAGAUUUCGACAGCUGCGGCAAACGAUUUCUAGAGCGAAGUUUUUGAAGCGGAAUUGAAUUUCCAAAUUUUGCCCGAAACAUGUGUCAAAUAUUAUCGUGAAUCUUUUCCUGAUGGCUUUCGCAAUCGGUUAGUGGUACUUGGAAUGCUCUGCUAGAUCACUUGGGAAUUGAUCGUUGGCUACGUUUUUGUUUCCUCUUUAAAUUUGCUCACCGUGAAAUGGACCGCAUUAAGCAAGAGGAAGCAGUAGUAACUAACCCGAAACCAGUUAAACGCGAAGUGGACGAUGCUAGUAUUGAUUUGCCUGGACGUUCACAAUCAUGCAAUGGUCUCCAUAGUUCGAGCUCUGCCAAGCGCAUUAAAAGCGAAAACACUGUUAUACAAGCGUCGGACCAGCUUGCUAUAAAUCCUGCAUACUGCACCUCGGAUUUUCAGAAUGCCGUGUGCUCAUUGCUGAAACUGUUUGCAACAGCUAAUGCAAAUUUAGACGCCACCGGAGCGGAACAUGCUGCACUUUUGAAAAACAUGGUCUUUCGUCGACCGUUCAGCCACAUGAUUUUUCCGAACUUUUUUACGGCCAACCAAGCAAUCGAACAGGUGGAAAAUGAACUUCUUUCACAGAAAUUUCAGGCGAUACACAAAGAUCUGUUCCAGCUGUCGCAGACGAAAGAGCUCAGAUCUGUUCCUGAAUUUGCCAUGCUGUGCAGAACUUUGGAAAACGAAGUGCAUGACUGGGUAUCGGCAAUAACAGGUGUCCCGUUGAGCGACGAAGUGGAUGUUCGCGGCGCUAUGUACCGUUACACAGACCGACUGAUGUGUCACGACGACAAACUGACCACGCGGAAAGUGGCUUAUGUUUAUUACUUGACGGAUGCAGAGGAUUGGGAUGUCGCUGAUGGAGGCACACUGGAUCUCUUUGACAGUCUUUGUGUUGACCUCGUUAUGGUGCCUGGAGAGAUUGUUAAACGCAUUCCGCCGAAGCGGAAUUCCCUCGUGUUGUUUCUCGUGCGCGAUGAUUCAUUUCAUCAGGUGAGUGAAAUCGUUAAUCCCCGGAAAUCUCGCCUCUCCAUAACUGGAUGGUUUCAUUCCCCGCAAUCAGCGGCAGCGAUUGUUGAAUACCAAACCAUGCCAGCUUCCGGUUCUAUGGAAUUCACUGAGGCUGAUCAGAACAACGCGCGAAUAUGUAAACUGGCUCGCCAAGACGACAGGCAGUCGGAAAUAUGGAAAGCUAAAUGUCGGGAGACAUUUCUCAAGCAACAACGCCUUAAUAUCCCGGAAAUUCUGGAUCUGGCAUUUUACCGUACGUUGGUUAGCGAGCUGAGGGAAAAAGAUCACCUUAUUCCAUGGAUGACUCCAUCUAAUCGUAAUCAGGCCGGACAUUAUCGAUAUUUUGAUCUCCGGCAGCGUUUUGUAAAAGAUUUUAAAUGUCUUGAUCUGCUGGUGGACACGAUACUGACUGACCAGUUCCUCCAGUCAGUCAGUGAUAUUACUGCCAUUAAUAUGGGAUCGAUUAUUAGUGGACCUCCAGAUCAAAGUAAAAAACCGGAAGAGAAUGCCAAGGAGAACAAGCCCUUCGCUACCGCUGUUCCUGGAUCCAGUAGUGAUCCUUCUGGAGAAGAUAGUUCCGAUACCACAUGGUUUCUUAGAACUGUUCAGUUUCGGUUGGAGCGAUUUGCUCAUCAGGAUUAUACCCUAAAGAAUUACGAUGCUGUUCAGCAGGGGGCAGUGCUCGAUUUGUUCUUAUUCUUUGAUUGUGAUCGUCUGGACAAAGAUUGUGGUGGAACGAUUGUAUAUGUUGAUAUGGAUAACGACGACGAUUGUUUACCGCUGACGAAGUUUAGUCCAGUAAGUAAUACGCUACAAAUGGUUCGUCGCGAGGAUUCUGUUGUUUUCUACACGGACUACGUUAAUCAUCGAUGGGCCAGACGAGCGGAUGGACGGCCGUUUUACCGGCUUUGGAUGUCUGUAUCGGCGUUACCCAGUCCACCAGGCAGCAGUACUUCCGGUAGCGAGCAUGAUGUUGACAGCGACGAAGAUGAAUCUGCUGAGGAUGACGACGACGACGAGAACUUUGAUUUAGAUGAAGACAAUCAAGAUGCGAUACCACCAACCGUGUCAGGUAGUUCGGAAGAUGAGUUGGAAGAGUAGAAACUCGAGACAACGUUCACGUUUGCCCCACUGGCUUACUACUGUGAGUCCGAUUGUUAAGUACUUUCACACCCGUUUUUAUUGUUACGGUUGAGACAGACUGUAUUUUUUGAAUCCGCACAGCUUGUUUGCUGUGCAUCCACCUGCUGUCCUCGCCUUGCGUCCAUGUAAGCACUAAGCAGAGCUUAAAACUAAAGUGUUUUGAAGAUAA